ACUAGUCGAAUUGAGUAGUGCCUGAGUACAAACUCUUCUCAACUAAAUUAGCUAAUAGUUAACGACAAAGGAUUCAUUUGAAUAUAUGAACCAACUCUAAUGUGUGUUUAGAUACUGAAGAAUAAAAAUUUGCUAGUGCAUUUUUUAAUUCAUAAUAUGAGACAAGGUUAAGUGAAACUUUGUGUUUUUGUUAAAAUUUUUAUUUAUACUUCUUGAUUAUGUGGAGGCUGUACGUUACAUUACUAUUAGCAUCAAUACCUUUAAUCAAUGGUAGAGAGAAAAGAAGUAUAGACUUAAUAGCAGCCCACGGAUUGAUAUCUCAAGAGAGACUACCACACGAUACCUCUCCAUCCGGCUACCAUCUGUUCUUACAACCGUUUCCUAACGAUGGCUACUUCGAAGGAAAAGUCAAAAUAAAUGUAACCAUACAACAUAAGACCCACGAGAUAGUCUUACACGCCCAUCCGGAUUUAGUUAUAUUGCACUGCAAUAUCACCCAAUUGAUACCAUCGGAUGAGGAACUAAAACAAGCAAAUCUAAGCGAUCCGCUUGAAAGAGAUUUAGGUCCAGUACCUGUAGUUAUAGAAUCAGCUGAAAGAGUAAGAAACAAACCUCUCUAUAACAUAGUAUUACAGAGUCCCAUUAAAUCAGGAGCUUUGCUGGAAGUAUAUCUUCAAUUUACUGGUAAACUUUUCAAUGAUUCCUCGGAAGGUUUAUUCAGGAGCAGUUAUGUAGAUCCGACGACAAAAGAAACAAAAUGGUUUGUUUCCACCCACAUGAGACCCAAUAUGGCUAGGAGCGUUUUCCCUUGUUACGAUGAACCAGCUUUUAAAGUACCAAUAAUAAUAUCAGUGGCGAGACAUAAGAAAAUGAUUGCUGUUUCUAAUAUGCCACUAGAAUCUACUCUACCCCAUGAGAGUUUGAAGGAUUGGUAUUGGGAUACUUUUAAGAAAUCGCCUGUAAUGGCUACUUUUUCCAUAGGAAUAGUAAUUUCAGAAUUUAGCAACAUCACUUUCAAUGUAACAGCAGAUAAAGAUUUUCGUCUUACUAUAUGGGCAAGACCAGAUUUUAUAAACGCUAUUCAGAAUAUCUCUGAAAAAGUGAUAGAUGCUAUAAAGGUUUUGGAGGAAUUUUGGCAAACACCGUAUCCACUACCAAAAUUGGAUAUUUUUGCGCUACCAAAUUACCAAUCCACUAGACCAGCCGAUAGUUGGGGAGUACUCCUAUUUAAAGAAAGUGAAUUAGUAAGCAGAUGCUCGUGGCAAAUAAUACAUGAGUUAGUAUAUCAAUGGUUAGGAGCUCUAGCUACUCCUUUCUGGUGGAGUGAUGCUCACAUUAACAAUGCUUUAGUACGAUACGUCGCUGCUCAUACUAGUUUAAAGAUGCAUGAAUGCGACACUUUCUACAAUUGGCCAAUGACAAUGUUGUAUUCCAAUUAUUACGAAUUUAGUAAGAGAUAUCCAUAUGGAAAAAGUACGGCUAUCAAGCAAGAUUCUUCAUCAUCAAAAACAGAAUUGGUUUUUAGGAUGCUCAACUAUACUCUGGGAGAAACUACAUUCGUCCAUGGAAUGCAGAGAUUUAUGAUGGACAGACAGUACAAAACUUUUUUUGGGGAUGAUGUUUGGUUGAGUUUGACUGAACAAGCAAGAUUCGAUGAAAAACUUCCUCAACCAAUAACAAUAAAUGAAAUAGCAGCUUCUUGGAUAACAAAAGACAGAUUGCCAGUUGUAUCAGUGACUAGAAAUUAUGAAGACAACACUGCUAAUUUAAGUCAGAAAGUUUACUUGAGAGAGCGACCUCAUGAUGUUCCGGACCAAGAAAAAUUUUUAUGGUGGAUUCCAAUUAUUUUAGUUACCCAAAAUCAUUUAGAUUUCAGAAAUUCGACUCCCAUAACGUGGAUGAAAAGAGAAAGAGAUAUCCAACUAAAAGAUUUACCCGGAAAAGAUUCUUUUAUAAUUGUGAACCCAGAAGAGAUUGGGCCCUUCCCUGUAAAUUACGAUGAGAAAAAUUGGAACAUGUUAGCCGAUUUUCUGUGUUCUGAAAAUCGCCAAAAAAUUCCCGUAUACACUAGAGCAAAACUUUUACACGAUGCUUGGAAUCUAGCAUAUGCCGGUGAACUUAAUUUUGCUACAGCUUUAAAUAUGACGUUAUUCUUACAAAACGAACGAGAAUAUUUAGUAUGGGACCCUGUUUUUACUUUUAUAGAUCAUAUUGGAAGACACAUCGAUAGCACAUCAGCACAUAAAAAAUUUCAAACUUACGUAAAGUUGCUUCUAACACCUUUGUACAAAGAAUUAGGAAAUGAAACCCAGGAAGAAGAAGCUGAAGGCAAAUCUCAUUUAAGAAGUUCGUCAAAAGUGUUUUUAUGUCAAGCUGGCUACAAGCCUUGUAUUGAUGAAGCACAAGCUGCAUUUAAAGUAUGGAUGGAAUCUGCAGAUCCAGAUGAAGGAAAUCCGGUUGCGAAUCAAUAUAUUUGUCCUGUUUUUAAAUGGGGAACAAUGGAGGAAUGGGAAUUUGGAUUAGAAAGAGUGAUCAAGUUCCCUUCAACAAGAAUACCAAGUGAACGUACCUACUUAUUGAAAACAUUAGCUGGUUGCCCUAAUGAUGCUCAAAAAAUUGAACGUUUACUCAACAUAACGAUUUUGGAAAAAAAUGGCAACUUUACAGAUAAUGACAUGUAUUUGAUCUUUAGUAUGUUAACUGGAGGAGCCAAUGGAUACACUAAUUUGUUCAACUUUUUGAGAAACCAUUGGGAUGCUAUUAAAGUAAGAUUUGAGGAGAAGCCUCAACUAUGGAACAGCCUCGUAACUUCUGCUACAACAGUUUUUAAAACACAAAAAGGCUUAGAUAUGGUUUCUGAGCUUUAUGUUGAAAAACAAAGUGAAUUUGGUACGGCAGAUUUUGUUGUAGAAAGAGCAUUGAAGAACAUUAAGGAAGAAACAAAAUGGAGUAAUGAGAAUUUGCCAGUCAUUGAAACUUGGUUGGAUAAUUAUAUGAAAGUUAAUGGAAUUAAUGACACACAAAAAACGUUAAACUUUAAUAAAGAUAACAAUUCUACAAGUGUAUAUUAAAAUUAAGAUCAACAAAUAUACCACAUUAAAUGUCACACGAUUUUUUCGGAACAUUUUCCUUCGUUAUUUAUUAGUUAGUUUUUUAUAAAUCAUCAAUAUAGAAUUGAUUAAUAAUAGUGUAUAUAUUUGAAAAAUUCAAUUUAUUUAUAAUCAAAUGUAAUUAUUAUGGGAUUUAAUAGAAGUAAAGAAAAAUGAUUUUAA